AUGGAAAACGACUUGAAGGAAGAACUGAAUAGAAGAAUGAGAGCAGCAUGGGCAACAUUCGCAGCCCUCAGAGAAGCUACGGACCAACUGACGGACCGUGAUCUUCGUGCACAUCUGUUCGACUCGACAGUUCUUCCAGCGCUCUGUUACGCAGCGGAGAUAGCCCUUGAGAGAUGUCUUCUGAAGUUUAACCUGUGCACACAACACCUGGCCGGUCUUCGCAGCUCCGAUUUAAGAGGAAUGUCCCGUCUUCGCGACCCAGCGGAAUAUGUAUCGGAAGCAAAACAGAGAUGGGCCGGUCACAUCAUGAGAAGAAUCGACGAUAGAUGGUCUAAAAGAACGCUAGAGUGGAUCCCAAGAGAUGCUAAACGCCCUCGAUGGAGACCGCCAACGAAAUGGGGUGACGUGUUCGCAACACGGAUGGACCAGCUGAGAGCUGAGCUGGAUACGGUUCAAGGAGCCCGUCAAUGUCAAUCACGAAACUUGAGAACAUCUUGGAUGACAAUGGCGAGGGAACGAAACGAGUGGAAGAGAUGCUGGGGCCCGCACGUCCAGUGA